UAGGCAUAUCAGAUUUCUACUUGUGCUUUUCGCUAAGAGAGCGCCAUGCCGCUGGAUUUGUGCAAAACCCCGUGGAAUGCGCAGAAAAUCUGCGAGGAGGCCACGAUGAAGGAGAUCAAUGCAGAGUUGCGGAGGGCUAUAAAUCGAGGAGAUCCUGUGCCACGGGAGUGCAAACUGCAAACACCGGGAGAACAGGUGGAACUCAUGGGGAUGCGAAACCACGAGUGUUUGAAUGGUCGACCCGGUGAAGUGUUGAGCCGUGUUGCAGAUGAGCACGGUUUCCUCAUGGUUCGGGUUCAGAUGCCAGAGGGCCCCAAGAACAUGAAAGUUCAGCCAAGAUGCUUGAAACCUAUCAGGCACCCAAAGGAUGGAAGGACACGAGGUGCUCGACUCACAGGCUUCAUUGUGGAUCCGGAAGUGCAGUCUGUUCUUUCUUCAAGGCCUGCAACGGCGAGUGCGGUGCAAAGCGUUCUGCGUACUCAAACCCCAUUGGUUGCAGACUCGGUUUUGUCAAAGGCUUCGCCCUUGGCGCCCCUCAGUGAAACGAAUGCAGAAUGAGGAGCUCUGAGGUGCGCGUCGAAGCUGUUCAAUGGAACGCGUCCUCGCCAAAGGUGAGGUGACGUGCACUCUUGAAGUCCCAACUGAAAACUGAUCAUGUGCGCUGGAGAGGGCUGCUUGUGUCAUGUGCUUGUGACGUUUUUUCUCCCGAUGCCACUCUUAAAGCUCGCUGCCCGCAGGUCUUGACCCGAAAGCCGAAAACAUUCUGAACAGGUGAUAGAAACUGAAC